CGGCGACGCUAUAGCCUACGGUAAACAGGGGUAGACUGUAUUACUUUAUAUUGGCCGGAAAUUAAACUUUGUGAUUACACUUUGAGGACGUUUGGUUCCAAAUUGCAAUCUGCAUAGCUGGGUUUCAGCAAAGAAACGGUUGGAGAAGUUUAAAUUUAAGGAGAUUAUAAGAAGAGGACAAGUUUAAUUCAGCCACGGCGCAGGAUCGGGAAGGGUUUAUUUCAGUGUCCAGUUGAGGAUGUUAACUUCCAACCCUGCAUCAGAGUGACUUCUUCUCUCACAGAGUUGUAGAGUGAGAAGGGAAGGCUGUUUAAAUGUGAAUGCAUGUCUCUACGGUAUAGAUAGACUAACCCAAGGAGGAAGAAACAGUGACGUUUUUAUUGCACUCCGUCUCUCCCGCUGACUGAACUGAACCAUGCAGCAUCCCUUGGACUUGGGGGCUCACUAUUACCCCCCGGAGGCUCACCCCGACCACCGCUCCCACUCACACCGCUACCGGAGCUUCAUGAUCGAAGAGAUUCUGACCGACCACCAUAAGGUGUCUACCCCGGCAGGGGAGCUGCUCAAGUUCGGAGUACAAGCUCUGUUAUCGGCGCGGCCAUACCACAACCACCUGGGUAAGAUGCACUACUUUUGGUUCUAGCUUGUUUUUAGAUGGAGGUGUUGCUUAACUUUAUGCUCGAAAUGUAUCCGAAAAGUUAGGUUGUAUUUGCUGUUAGUCUUUGUUGUAUAGUCUUCUCUAGACCAGGAACGAGUUUGGGAAAACUUGCUCUAGAUGACUGAUUUUGUUUUUCAACUGAAGCUAUUCGUUCAGGCAGUAAUUGUCCCAAAUGGCGCCGCGUAAAACAAGUUGAUUUAAUGCAUCUUUGCAUAUGAGCCUAUUUACAUUUGUGUUUCUGGUAGUAUUUACUUAUACAAAGUGCACGAUCGAGAAACUUUUCAAAUGUAUAUAGGCUAUAAUAGUAGGGCAAAGGUCUACCAACGGUUUCUUGGAUGAACCCCAAAAUAAGCAAUCGAGAGAGGCGCGUUACCAGUAAGCCAUAGGCAUGUUUCAAAAACAAGAUUAUAAUUUCAUUGGAUCUUUAAGAAGGUUUCUAAAGUAUAUAUUACUAUAUAAACUAUCAAAAACGGUAGACAAGUUUGUCUUGUGAAUGUUUCCACUCAAACGAAUGGUCACACUGGGUCACCAAACUUUAGAAAGGGCGAUGCGGGCCUUCUGCUUCACGCAGCCGGUCUCUGCUUUCAGAGUAUUGGCCUAAUGUCCUUUUUCCAGAGUGGUAUUACACGUGUUUACAUUGAUUGGUCAUACGUUUUGUAAAACUAGGCCUUGUUUAUCGAAUACCACUAUUUAUGCAUAUCAGCAGUCAUAUGAAUUUGGCUCAGGGAAACUGUGUUGGUGGGUGAAAAAACACAUUAAGAAAAUAGUAGCAUGACGUCACUUUGCGUGUCAAUAUUUCGACUAGAAAGUAGAUGCAUUUGGUUACAUAUUACAUUAAUUGAAAUGAUCCUUUCAUUGUUCAUAAGAAUAUAAAAAAAUAUAUAUAAUGCUUAUAAUAAUAUAACUAUUGCUAUAAGCAUUACCAUAAUUAUGAAAUAAAUACAAUACCAUUUUACAAUGAAAUGAUUAUUAUUUGUAGUGGUCCUAGGCCUAUUCUAGUAUAACGUAAUAAUAACAACUAUGUCUUAAAUAGUACUAUGACUUAACUAUUAUCAAAAUAAUACACAGAUAUAACAAUAUAAUAAAUAAAAUAAUAAUAAUUAUAUUAUUAUAAAAUAAAAUGUUAGUUACAUUUUACUGUAUUAAUGUUAACCUUUAUUUUACCAAGAAAACUGUCAUCAUCAGUUUGUAAUUGCCAAGCUAAUAGUAAAGUGUGCAGCCUGUAGGCAUUGUUAAAUGAAUUAUCUUCGUGUAGACCUAGAAUAACUCCAUUUAAAUGUGAUAUUGUUGGACUUUUAACUUGCAGUUUUGAAGGCCGACCAGUCGGGUAUCCUGAAGUUCCCCAUGUCGCCACUCUCUUGUUCAUUUGGAUCACCGUUAGGCUCUUCUCUCCUAUCCGGGGCUCCGGGCCGGCACAACGGCUCAGCCUCCCACCACCUGCCGCUGGACCUCCACCUCCGAAGCAAGCUUGAGCACGGCGGCGAAGGCAGGAGCAAGUCCAAAAAGGGCCGACGGAGCAGGACGGUCUUCACUGAGCUGCAGCUCAUGGGCCUGGAGAAAAGAUUUGAGAAACAAAAGUACCUUUCAACACCAGACAGGUAUUCAAAUUAUUUCAAUCAACUCUGUUUAUCCCCAAGCCCAGUUAUUGCUGCUGUGAGUAAAAAGUGACAGGCAGACAUAACAACAUGCAAAUUAGCCUUAUCUGCUGUUAGGACUGAUGAAACCAAAGAAAAUAUCCUUCUUUAUUACCAUUGACUAUCGACUGCUUUUAGUUCAAGGCAGCGUGAUAGUGGGAUAUUGGAGAAUGUCAAGGAAAUCUCUCUAAUCGCUUCUGUCUUUGUCCAUGCAGAAUAGAUCUUGCUGAGUGUCUGGAUCUGAGUCAACUACAAGUCAAAACCUGGUACCAGAACAGACGAAUGAAAUGGAAGAAAAUAGUACGUUCUCAUGUCUUAUUCUGAAUAAUAUGACAAUGAGGAGGAGAAUGAUUUAGAUAUAGAAUGAUAUGAGUUCACUUGGUUUUAUGGUAGGCCUUAACCGUUUAAUUGUAGACUAUUGAACUGUUUCCACUGAAACUUGAAUCGUUUCCACUGUACAGGUCCUACAAGGAGGAGGAUUGGAAUCUCCAACCAAACCAAAAGGCCGUCCGAAGAAGAAUUCCAUCCCCUCGAGCGAGCAGCUUUCGGAGCAGGAGAGGUCUCGAGACGUCGACCGUAAAUCGGACGGUUCCACCUCGUCACAUUCAGACACUAACCAAGAGGAAUUAUAACGUUGGUGCUCCGAGCCUCCGACUAACUGACAACUAACUAUCUGACGACGUUCACCUGACAUACAGCCUCUGGGAUGCGUAAUGUUACAUGGUCGACGGUUGGAUCCACGUGCCUUGACGUCGAUAUGUUGGCACUUAGAGAGAGACUGAUGUUGGCCUCCGGUAGGAGAGGCGGAACUACAUUUUUUACUACUAAUCUCGCUCAUCCUGGGACGAUGUUACUUUUUGUAUGCUAUAUCACAUCUUCUUUCAUCGUCAAUGUGUUCACAAUACCUUCUAUGCGUCCUUCCGCGUUACGACAAAACUGUUGUUACUGCUGUGGAGCGGUAGAGAGAGGAGUGAGGAGUGAAGGGACAUCGACCAGUAGGUACUGUUUCAUUGCCUCCAUUCCAAGGACCCACUUUCCACCCACUU